GGCCCCCACCCUCGACAUGCGCUUCCGGCGACGCCUUAGCGCUGACCCCCACGCAACCCAGCGAAACUCCGCGGAGCGCGCGCGGCACGAUGGACGGUCGGGUGCAGCUGAUGAAGGCCCUCCUGGCCGGGCCCCUCCGGCCCGCGGCGCGUCGCUGGAGGAAUCCGAUUCCCUUUCCCGAGACGUUUGACGGCGAUACCGACCGACUCCCGGAGUUCAUCGUGCAGACGUGCUCCUACAUGUUCGUGGACGAGAACACGUUCUCCAACGACGCCCUGAAGACCUACGCUACCACUGCCAUCGCCAUCCACCGCAUCUCACCAACAGACUGCGGCUCCUAGUGAUGUGGACUCACCUCGGAGGUAUCUGAGCUGGACACAGCCCCUGGACAGUGAUCCAGACAGCUGGCCGUCCCCCAAGGAGCCUGUCACCUUCAGCGAGACCCAUUUCCUCCCCAUCCCCAGAGACCUCUUGUGUUCCUGCCACAUAGCUGCCAGGGCUUAAGUGUGCCUGGCAACCAAAUCGAAUCUCUCAUUUUCUCCUGUGGACCAGUUAGUUUUGCCUAGAAUCCUGUUUUCUUCUGAAUUUGCAGCUGUCUCUCUGAUGGGUGCCUUUUGUUCAACACAGUAAGCCCUGCUCCCUUCCCUGCUCUAAUACACUACCUGUACAAAGGUUUUUUCCUUAUUUUUAAUAAAUGUCAGACACUAUUAAAUAGAAA